GUGGGCUCAGUUUCUGCAGCGCCUUCCUGCAGGGCAAGAUGAACACUGUUCUGCCUUGCCAAGACCAGUACUUUGUAGGAGGUCAGAGCUGUAACUGCCCGUAUUCUACUACAACGUCAGAAUCUAGUGUUGACGUUUCCACGGAGACUUGGGUCUCUUUCUUGGCUGCUGGUCUCCUGGACAACAGAGAGCCCCAACAAGCACUACAGGCACAGGACUCAUCCAGUGACUCGAAUUUCCCUGUUCGUAAUUCGUGUUCAUGGGAAGAGGCUCAGCUUUCCUCCCAGCUCUACAGAAACAAGCAGCUCCAAGAUACUCUGGUGCAGAAAGAAGAAGAACUUGCUAGGUUACAUGCAGAGAAUAAUCAUCUCAGACAAUACCUGAAUUCUGCUUUAGUUAAAUGUCUUGAGGAAAAAGCCAAGAAAUUGCUGUCAUCAGAUGAGUUCUCCAAAGCAUGUGGAAAAUUCAGAAAAGGGAAGAGAAAACCCAAAGAGCAAAGAUAUUUUCCUCCUGAGAUUCCCCAUCAUAAAAAUGCCAAGAGAAACCUCUCUAGUGAGUUUGCUAACUGUGAACAACCUGGGCCCCCUGUGGAUCCCUGGGUUCUUCGAACACUGGGGUUGAAAGACCUCAACACCAUUGAUGACACCUCAUCAGCUAACUACAGUGCCCUCUCUUCUCAUCCCAGACGGACCACCAGCACAUUCCCCCAGUUUCUGGACGAUGAGGUUGGUUAUCACAAUGCCCCCGGGGAAGAUUUGCCAGUUGACUAUGGAAGUGACCGAACCACCGCCUCACAUAGCACUGCCAGUCACAGCGAAGAUUUUCACUUCCUUUCUCAACUUUCAGAUCCCCCAGGAGGACUACAAACUCUCCCUUACUAUACUUCUGAUGUGUCACCCAAUAAGACAGAGGUGGCCUUUUCCACAUCCCUGAGCCCGCACUGUAAUGUGAAAACUCACUCCUUCCACCAGGGACAAGCCUUUGUUCGUCGAGAUGAAGAGGGAGGCUGGAAGUUUACCUGGGUCCCUAAACAGUCUUAGUGAUCCCUCUUCUAUCACAAAGGACUGCCAUGAACUCUGUUUACAAGACCUCUCUUGCACUUGAACCUGACUGUGUGGAAAAUGCAAGCCCUUGCCCAGACUGUCUCCUGCCACUUUAAAUGUCACUCUCAAUUAUUCACUUAAGUCUGCAGGGAAUGGCUUCCAGGAAUCCAUAAUGGAACAUGCCUGCUCUUCUUUCACCUAAAUUUGGCUUGUUUACAUACCCACACCUGCUGUUGACUUCCUCCCUUGGCCUUAUACUUGAGAAGGUAUUUUCCAAUUGCCUGAAUAUUCCUUUGAGACCUAUAUGUGCUGUUCCAAUUAUAACAAGUCUAACAGCUUUUCUUCUUUCAUCAAGAAGUUUAAAUGUUCACAGCCUUCACCUUUACAGUUUUAUUUCUCUCCUGUUCCUCUUCAUUUUUAAAAACUGCCUUUGAAACGAGCGUUAUAAUUGCUCCAAGUGCAUGUUAUUGGGUGUUCAAAUAACUGGGUGGCGUAGAAACAAGUAUAUUUGCCCAUUGCCAUUCCUGGAGACGUAAUGCAGGUGUGAGUAAUGUUAUGUGUAGGGCAUUUCAUUAAGUCGAGUGUCCCAUGGUGGAGUUUACAAAAAAAGAUCUCUUCAACAGCUGGAACUCUACUGGUAAGCGACAACACCAAUACAUUAAAACAUAAAAGAGAAUUAAAAUCACUUCGAAAUGCUCAGCAUGGUGUAUCAGCUUCUAUGGGCACCUGGCAUUUUGUCUGCAACCAACGUGACUCAGACAAGAACAUUUUUGAGGGACUCGUGGUAACAGACUAAGUCACUAUCCUAAACUACUUAGAUGCUGAUAAACUUCUAUUACUGAAAAGUAUAGUCUUGCCUAGCUCUGACACUGUCUUACUCAUCCAUUCAGUCAUCAUGUGUUCAUUUUUUUCAUUCACCAACAUACCUAAAAUAUCUGUAGAACACCAACUAUGUACCAGGCAUUGUGCUAUGAGGUGGUGAAAAAAUGUGAACAAAUUAGACGCUGUGGCCACCCUCUUGAGACUUAGACCCACUCGUCUGCUGUGACCUUGAGAAAGCUACUUCCCUCGUGUGAAGAUUUGGUUUUCCCAGCUGUAGAAUACAGAAGUUGGACUAGAUAAUCACUAACAUUCUAUAAAUCGAGCCUGCGUCCCAUCAGCUUUACUCCACCACUACCAUCCCAGGGCACUAUUCUCCACUUUUGAUUGGCAUUGCAGAUAGGUUGGGUGAACUUUUUAUAUAUAAUUUUUUUCUUAAAUGUGAGCCAUUUGUAGUUAACACUAGAAAUCAUUGCUCUAAUCACAGUAUUCUUUUCCUGGUAUGAGCCCAUUUGGGGGUUAAUUCAGUCUAACUGUGUGAGAACAUACAUCUAAAAAAUAAGUGUGUAGAUUUAAUGGAAAUAUUGACAUCAAAGAUGUCUUUCCAGAUUAAGCGAAAACGUGUUCUUCGUGCUUAUGCUAAUUCUCUUUCUUUCCAGUUCCUGAAGCUCCCUAUCCUUCCCAGAAUAAUUUACAUAUCAAAGAUGUGCACCUAUGAUUUUUUGGGGACCAAACUUCAGUUGGUAAUGAAACCCACCAUGUUGAACGUCUUUCCCAUUUUUCUUAAUUCCACCCUUCAGUAAGUCAUCUGUACAAUCAAUGCCUGAGAGCAUGAGUAUUCUAUUUGGAAUUCUUUGUGACUAAGACAUGUCUUUGGUUUGCUGCUGUUUGGUUUUUUGCUUUAUUUUUGUGAUGUGAACACAUAAUCUAUAAAGUUUUAUUUCCACCCAGUUUUCUUUAUAAUCCAUGAAGGGGAAUCAAAUAUAUUAAGUAUUUUCAUGACUUAGGAAGAAAUAGAACACAUUCUAUUUUCUAAAAAACAAAAUCCGAAACAAAAUGUGCCUUUUACAUUGUAGUAUCUGUUCCCCUGUAUGGGUGUAAUUUAUCUCUUUUUAAUAACAAAUUUAAGAAUUAGAAUUGACUGUACUUUAAUAGUAGGAAUCAAGAAAGCAACAUAAAUAUUUUGAAAAUGUAAAUGAUCAAGCUAUAAAACAAAAUCGGUUAGUCAAUAAAUAAUUAUUUUGCAUUUUUUAUGUGCUUCAUCAUGUGUUAGGUGCUAUGAGAAAGCACCCAGGCUUAGCGCAUUUGGUACAUAAACCAAAGCCACAUAAAAUGUAAUAGCUUUUAAAUGAAACUUGGUAUCAGCCCAGUUUAAAGAAAUUAUGGUGCAUUUGUGGUAAAUGAUAACUUGCUCUGGCUUACGUGGGUGAAAAUUACCACAUAUUCUCAGAAUCAUAUCUAUAGGCAUUUGAUAUUCACUUGAACUAUGUAUAGAAAAGUAUUUUACUGAUGUUCGAAAAAUUAGAAAUUUAUCUCACCUGAGUAUAUGUUCUAACUUUAUGGUUUUACCA